AUGGAGAUCCCUGCCCCGCUGCUGAAUGGUUCCGUGACAUACCUCGUGCUGACAUUAAUGGCCUGUUUUGCCGGUAUUGCCAUGGGCUUCACUGGAAAACUGAGUCGUGAGAACUCGUCGAUUUUUACGCUGCUGGCUUUCAUGACUGGAUUUUGUCUCUGGAUGUUCUGGGCAUGUUGUUGGCUGCACCAGUGGCACAUUCUGGUCGUUCCCACGUACGGCGCAGAGUAG